AUGAUGCGAGGUUUCAAGCAAAAGCUGAUUAAAAAAACCACUGGAUCGAGUUCAUCUGGAGGUAAGAAGAAGGACAAAGAAGAGACAAAGAAGGGCUCUUCGACAUCCCAUGGUGCCUCUAGUAGCGGCAACAAUGUGGCAGCCAAUCCCAAAGAUGCAAGCGAUAAAAAAACCGCGAGUCCCGGCUCUAUUCCCAGCAAUUCCAAACACUCUAAAGCCAGAGUGAGCGCGACAUCGGGCAACGGUUCAAGUUCUGGUACCAGGACAGGUUCUUCCACUUCAAGCACUACACAUCCAGAGGGUUCAAACACACCAUCAACAAGCCAGAAAAAAUUGGAAGUCAUGGGAAAUAUCAACCAACCGUCAAAAUCAUCGCAACCUACGUUGAUCGCCGCAGCAUCCUUACCUCCAUCUCCGAACGCGGCGAAUGUCUCACUGGCCGUACCGGGUAGUGGAAUAAGCUCGGCGUCUCACAAGGAUAGCGCAAUGUCCAACGGCAUCGAUAUUCCUCGCUCUUCGCACUCAUUUGAGCGUUUGCCAAACCCAUCAAAAUUGAAUCCCGAGGCAGAUCUGGACCUUAUUAAAACCCCACAAAGACACUCAUCGUCAAGAUUCGAGCCCUCACGCUACACACAACUGACAAAACUCCCACAUUUUGACGAUGUCUCACCAGAGGAACAAAUUUCACUCUUCAUAGCUAAGGUUGACCAAUGCAACACCAUUUUUGAUUUUGGUGACCCUAGUUUCGACAUACAGGGUAAAGAGAUUAAGCGUGUGACUUUACAGGAAUUGAUCGAAUUUGUCGUCACCAACAGGUUUGCUUACACGGAGGAAAUGUACGCACAUGUGGUAAACAUGUUUAAGAACAACUUAUUCAGGCCUAUUCCUCCACCCGUGAAUCCUGUGGGGGACGUUUUUGACCCUGAUGAAGACGAGCCUGUCAAUGAGCUUGCAUGGCCACAUAUGCAAUGCGUUUACGAAUUUUUUUUAAGGUUUGUCGAAAGUCCGGACUUUAACCAUCAAAUCGCCAAGCAGUACAUUGAUCAGGACUUUAUCCUGAGGUUGCUAGAACUGUUUGACAGCGAAGAUAUAAGGGAGAGAGACUGUCUCAAGACUACUCUGCACAGAAUAUACGGCAAAUUUUUGAGUUUGAGAAGCUUUAUACGUCGCUCCAUCAACAACAUUUUCCUGCAGUUUGUUUACGAGACUGAGAGAUUUAAUGGUAUUGCUGAACUACUUGAAAUCCUAGGAUCAAUCAUUAACGGUUUUGCGCUUCCCUUGAAGGAAGAGCACAAGGUCUUUUUGGUUCGCGUUUUGAUACCUUUGCACAAGGUCCGUUGUCUAUCGCUAUACCAUCCACAGUUGGCAUACUGUAUUGUGCAAUUUUUAGAAAAAGAACCUCUUUUGACUGAAGAAGUAGUCAUGGGUCUGUUGAGGUACUGGCCUAAGAUAAAUUCGACAAAAGAAAUAAUGUUUCUCAACGAGAUAGAAGAUAUCUUCGAAGUGAUAGAACCAUUAGAAUUCAUCAAAGUUGAGGUGCCUUUGUUUGUGCAGCUUGCCAAAUGCAUCUCAUCCCCACAUUUCCAAGUUUCUGAAAAGGUACUCAGUUAUUGGAACAACGAGUAUUUCCUAAACUUGUGCAUUGAAAAUGCCGAAGUUAUUCUACCGAUCAUUUUCCCUGCUCUCUAUGAGCUUACAUCGCAACUGGAUUUGGAGUCACAAGGUGACAAAGGCGGUAACCGUACGUCCGAUCCUUACGUGUUAGUUGAGCAGGCCAUAAGCUCUGGGUCUUGGAACCGUGCCAUCCACGCCAUGGCUUUCAAAGCCUUGAAAAUUUUCUUGGAAACAAACCCAGUGCUAUACGAUAAUUGCAACUCCCUGUACCUGACCAGCGUUAAAGAAACUCAAAAACGUAAAGUCGAACGGGACGAAAACUGGCACAAACUAGAAGCAUUUGUCAACAAUUUUAAGAUUAGUGGCGCGGCUGGCGUUGACAAUACUAAAGAUACCCACUAA